AUGCACAUCAUCAAAGACGCCCGCAUGACCGUGGUUCUGCGGUUCUGCUAUGUGUUUGACAGGCGCCCACAUGCUCCAUACGGAGAUACCACCAAAACCUGGGUAUUAAAACACAUAGAGCAGUUGUCUCCCUUACUUCACGAAUUCCGCGAUCUCAUUGACACUGUUCAGGCUGGCUUUAUUGGAACCUGGGGUGAGUGGUACUUCACAACGUACUUUGGUCAGCCCGACAAGCGAAAUCACACUGCCUAUCCUCAUACGUUCGGAUUCAGUCCUCAGAUUGUGGAGGAUCGGCGUCAGGUCCUCGAAGCUCUUAUAGACGCUGUGCCCAUAGGGAUACAAGUACAACAACGACAUCCAUGGUGGAACCGAAUGAUCUUCGGCCCUGAUCCUCCGACACGUGACGAUGUCGUGAGACAUACGUAUAAGGGGAGAACAGGUUACCAUGACGACUGUUUUCUGGCAAACAAAUUAGACCAGGGCACUUACAUGGAUGGUGUGAAAGUGGACUACCCCUAUGUGCAUGAACAGACCAAAUACCUGGUGGCUGGCGGUGAAACGUGUGAAUGGUCUCCGACAGAUCCAGGAAGACACAACUGUUCCGUGGCAUUAAAGGAGAUGGCGUACUUCCAUUGGACAUACCUAAACAUUGGUUUUUACAUUCCCGUGUUAACGGACUGGCAAACUCAGGGCUGUUUCAACGACAUCUUCCGGAAUAUGGGCUAUCGUUUUGUCCUCAAAGAGUCUAUUCUGCCGACUGUGGCCCACACGGGUUCCGAUAUUUGCGUUCGGAUUGUAUUCAGAAACAGAGGGUAUGCCGCACCGAUCCGCAACUGGGACAUCUCCAUCGUGUUUAGGAGAGGUUCUGAUCAUCUCGCUGUCCGCUUAAGGAAGCGCGACAUGUCACUGUGGCAACCGGGAAGCGACAUCGUCAUUGAUGAGAACCUCCACGUGCCCGCCGAUCUGCAGCCAGGAACGUACGAGGUAAUGAUGGGGAGUAUGUGUAGGGGCGAGGAGGCUUUUAGGACGUUUUUGGUGUUCUCGGAUCCCAACUUCCCGGAUAAGUCUGAUUACAACAUUCUGAUGGCUAAUAAGGGCGUGCCAGAGCAUAAAAAUGGCGUCAACAACCUACGUCAUCAGAUUUUGCUGGUAUGA